AUAACAAAUUCUCACACAAGUCACGCUAGGCUAGUCAUGCCUAGCAACACUUAAAAUACACUGAUUUAACCAACUGAAAUUGCAAUAGAAUGCCACCAAAAAAAAAACCGAAUGCGUUCGCAAGUCGCGCUGAACUCCAAGACAAUAUUGUGGGUGGCAAGUAUCGUCUGAUGGGUCCCAUUGGGAGCGGCUCCUUUGGGGAGUUGUAUCGAGCCACUGGCCUGCAAAGUGGCGAAGAUGUCGCCGUUAAACUGGAGAUUAGUUCGGUGAAAUAUCCACAGUUGCCUCGAGAGGCAAAGAUCUAUAACAUAUUGCGUGGUGGCGUUGGAUUUCCGCAUUUACGCUACUUUGGCACCGAGGGUAACUAUAAUGUAUUGGUGCUGGAUUUGUUGGGUCCCACUCUAGAGGAUCUGUUCAACUUUUGUGCACGCACCUUCAGCUUGAAAACAACACUUAUGCUGGCAGAUCAGAUAUUGACACGUGUCGAAUUCUUGCACAUGAAUUGUCUGCUGCAUCGCGACAUCAAGCCGGAGAACUUUCUAAUGGGUCUGGGCAGUGAGCGAACUCGCCUCUUUAUGAUUGACUUUGGUCUGGCCAAGAGAUACUAUCGUCCCAGGAACAAUACCCAUAUCAGUUAUAAUGAGCACCACGAGCUCAUCGGCACCGCCCGCUAUGCAUCGGUGCAUGCCCAUUAUGCGGAGCAGGGACGUCGCGAUGAUCUGGAAGCUGUGGGCUAUCUGUUGCUCUACUUUCUGCGUGGUCGUCUGCCCUGGCAGGGCAUCAGUGCGGAAUCGCGUAUGCAGAAGUACGAGAGAAUUGCGGAGAGAAAAUCGACACUACCAUUGCAUGUCCUGUGUGCUGGCAUACCAAGUGAGUUUUACGUGUACAUCAAGUACUGUCGCAGUCUGCAGUUUACCGAACAGCCGGACUAUAUGUAUUUGAGAAAGUUAUUCACGAUGUUAUUUCGAAAUAAUUUGCUUCAAUACGAUCAUCUGUUUGAUUGGGUGGACAUCGAUUGGGAGAUGGCAAAAAAUAAGCGCAUGAUGGCAAAGAGGCGUUCGAAAAAUCACAAUAAGAAGGACACCCAAGAUGAUGUGGAGCAGAAGGUUAAAGUCAAAGUUAGUCCGUGCCAAUAUCGCUCAAAGCGGCAUCGUAAAACGAGUUAUAAGGCUAGUUCUGUCGUUGAUUAACUAGCAUAUAUAAAUACACUUGGUUAUUGUUAAUUGUUUGUGUAGGUACGAGUGUGGGAGCGUUAUAUAUAAUAUCGUUUGUUUUUCAAAUCAAUAAAUCGGCUGCUGCCAUAGUUGGUUGGCAACGUUAGCGAGCA